ACGAAUAUGUUUCCCAGUAGACAAAAAUAAAUAAUUUAUGUAUUAUGUUAUUUAGUCCAGCAGAUACCAUGUUUUAUAACAAUACUUUGUUUAAGUGUCCAGCCUCGGGACUGAGGGGGCUGGAGAGGUAACAGAUUCACUUCAGUAAAACCCGAUUCCACAUGGUCCGAAUCAUUUAAGAAACUCCUUUUCCUAUGUAGCGUUAGCUAUUUUCGUUUGAUUCUGCCUGACAGCCAUGAGAAGUGAAAAUCAACGAUAGCAGAUAGGAAAGGAUGUUUCAUAUAACUAUUUGGACGCAGUCGCGGAAGACGGGAGAAAACAUUUGACUUGUUAUUUGUGUCAACGAAGCGUUCGAUUCUUUUAAACGGACAGUUCGAAAGAAUCGAUUCGCAAAACUGAAUCGAACUACCCAUCCUACUCGUUUCGUCCCCAAUGCGGCUUCCGUGGUUGCUCUACGAAUCCCACCGAACAUGGCGUCCUCUGUGAGAGCCAUCCGCAGGUUCUCCGCGCUGUCUCUUCUGGCCUCAGUGGCGAGGCGUCGUUUCCGCGACGGACAGAAGACGUUAUGGCGACCGUGCUCGUCCGGCAGUGUGAGGAGCAGCCUGUGGGAGCAUGUGAGGGAGGGCUACAGCGACAAACCGGAACUGGACAUGAGGCCGGUGUGUGAGGAGACGGAGCGGCUGAUAACUGACCUGCAGAACAGGAAAGGAGAUCUGGGGACGGCUGAUGUGCGAACUAUCGUUUCAGUUUGGAAGCAGCUGCUGGAGGUGCAGAAGGAGAUAGAGGAGUUGGAGGAAAAGAAGAAAGUGGUCAGUGCCGCUGUUCGAGCUCUUGUGGAACAACAUGACAAAAAGGUUCUGGCUGAGCUGGCAGAGUACAGGACUGCAAGAGAAGAGGGUCGAGGGAUCAGAGCCAGGCUGAAUGAGUUAUAUCCACAACAGAGUGAUCUGGAGCAGCAGUACUAUUGCCGUGCCCUGAGGCUUCCCAACAGGACUCAUCCAGAUGUGCCCAUUGGAGAUGAGAGCAAGGCGAGGGUGGUUGAAAUGGUUGGGCAGAAAGCUGAGUUUGAUUUCAAACCCCGGGGCCACCUAGAAAUUGGGGAGAGACUGGACAUCAUAAGACAAAGACGCCUUGCCCAUGUAUCAGGUCAUAGAUCGUACUAUCUACGGGGAGCAGGAGCCAGACUUCAGACUGCCUUGCAAAACUUUGCUUUGGAUCUCCUUCAGAAAAGGGGUUUUAUUCCCAUGGUCGUUCCAGAUAUGCUGAAAGGAGUCGUGUUUGAGGGCUGUGGGAUGCAACCUCAUGCUCAUCGCUCACAGGUGUACUCUUUGGACCCUACCCGCUUUCCUGACCUUAAUCUGGCUGGCACAGGGGAAGUUGGUAUAGCAGGUUACUUUAUGGACCAUGCUGUAAAUUUAAAGGAUGUACCUGUCAGGACAGUUUGCAGUAGCACGUGUUACCGGGCUGAAACAGACACUGGCCGAGAGACUUGGGGGCUCUACAGGGUUCAUCACUUUAACAAGGUGGAGAUGUUUGGUGUGACGGCAGAUGAGACGGGUGACGAGAGUUCUCAGCUGUUAGAUGAAUUCGUGUCAUUACAGAAGGAGAUUUUCUCUUCCCUCAAGCUCCAUUACAGGGUUUUGGACAUGCCCACAGAAGAGCUUGGACCACCAGCCUUCAGGAAGUAUGAUAUUGAAGCUUGGAUGCCAGGCCGUGGCAGCUUUGGCGAGAUCUCCAGUGCAUCAAACUGCACUGACUAUCAGAGCCGGCGACUUAAUAUCUUCUACGAGAGAGAUGAUGGCAGUCUGAAGUACGCUCACACGGUGAAUGCUACAGCAUGUGCUAUUCCACGUACUAUUAUUGCAAUUUUGGAGACUCAUCAAACAAAGGAAGGAACAGUGCGGGUUCCAGAUGCCUUGCAGCCAUACCUAGGGUUGGAGGUGAUUGAAAAGCCCAAAUACACUCCCUUGAAAUACAUUGGACCAAAUCAGCCCAACCGUCCACCUCGUUCCCAGCAGCAUUAAUAUGGCAGCCAUGUUCAAAUUCAUAUGUCAGCAAAUUCCGAUCAUGACACAGUGGUAGCCUCAGCACUGACUUUUCUAAAGAAGAGUACAAGGCCUUAGCUUAUGCCCUGUAUGUUGCCAGAUUCAGCUUAUUGUUUCCGUUUGGAAACUCGAAAGCAAAGCUGACAGCUGAAUCAUGUAACGUAUGAAGUUUUAAGGCUAUUUCUUGUACAUAUGAGAUGAGAACACAGUUGUGAUGUGGUGAUGAGGUCCUUGAAUGUUACAAGUCUAAUGUACGAAUGAUUUUUAUUCAUAAUAAGAGGUGUGAAUCUCCUUCAGACCUACAGUCCAGCUCUGGAUACUGUCUAGAGGAAAUCAUUGUGUGGACCUUACAGAUCACCUUUUGUUAUAAAAAGGGUGACAAACUCCUGGACAUUCUGUCUUUUGUUCUUACUUUGAAGAUACUACUAAUGCCAGUAUGGAUUAAAACCUGCAGAAAGAGCUUGUGUUUGUAUCAUUAUGCAAGUAUGAUUACACUGAGCAAGUGUGGAUGAACUGCAGUCAUGAAGAGAUGAACUUGGUUAGUAAACAUGUUCAAAUACAGUACUUGGCAUAAAUGAGCAGUC